AGGAAAUGAAGAAACCAUGUAUUGAAGCAGAUUUGGUUCCAACAUUGAUACCUCUGCUGGACAGCACAGACCAAGAAAUGCUGCUUCACGCUGGGAGGGCCAUUGGCCGUAUCUGCUACGAUAAUCGUGGCCUUCAGGAAGAGCUGGUGAAGGUUGGAGUAAUCCCAUCACUGGUCCGGAUAUUAACUGACUAUGCAGAGAGUGAACCACUUGUCCACGUUGCUCUAUUGGCCUUGUACAACCUGGCAGACCUUGAUUCAGCCAAGGAAGCUCUAAGCAUGACAAAAGUUGCUGAACAGCUGGUGAAACAACUGAGGAGAGCAGAGAGCCAUGAGAGGUUAGAAAUGGUCUUUGAGGUCCUGCAAGCACUUGCAGAAAAUGAUGCUCUGAAAGUGCAGUUGGUGGAUGCAGGUGUGCCAGAGGUGCUGUCCGAGAUUCUGCUGAGGCUCCAAGGCAGUUCACAAGCUGAAGAUACGUGCAUUGUGAAGGCUGCAUCGGAUCUCAUUGUCUCUCUGCUUCUUGGAGAUGGCAACUGCCUGCGGAUGUUCCAGCUGGGAGUCAUUCACCAGCUCCUGGAUGUCCUGGAGAAACACGUGCGGAGCGGGGACACCUCUGUUCAACAGGCUGCGCUCAGCGCGCUGCAGAGCCUCGCUGUUCCAGUGGUCAGCAAGGUUCAGAUGCUGGAGGAAGGUGUUGCAGAGCGGAUCGAGGCGCUCCUGAGGUCAGAGAGUCCCCCUGUGCAGUUUAAACUCCUUGGAACAUUACGGAUGGUAGCAGAUGGUCAAGCUGAUGCAGCUGAAAUCCUGGGCCAAGACCCCCUGCUGCUCAACAGGCUGGUGCAGUGGUGCAGCGUGAGCGACCACAGCGGCAUCUGCGGAGAGGCAAACCGGCUGCUGGCAUCCAUCCUGCACCACAACAGAUCCCAGGAAGUGGUCAAAGCCAUCCAGGCAGCACAAGGAGUGAAGCAUCUCAUUUCCAUGACAACGAGUGAACAUGCUGCCAUGCAGAAUGAGGCUCUGAAUGCCCUGGCAAUAGCAUCUGCCAUUGAUUUAGAAACCCUUGAAGAAUCUUUUAAAGAAUCACAGCUAGUUCAAAGCUUACACAAACUUCUGCGAGAUGAUAACACAAGUCCUGAGGUGAAAUACAAUUCAAUGGGCCUUUUGUGCAGGCUUCUUAAUUCAGGUGAUCUGAGACAAGAGAUAGAAGAGGACAAUAUCAAGGACACCCUUGAGUACCUCUGCAGCCACAGCAAUGCCAGUGUGGUCCAGGAAGCCAUCACAACAUUACAGGUUUUGAGAGGAGAAACACCCCACUAAGCUCCCUUCUCCCAUGUGCCAAACCAGCACUGCUGCUGAGGCAGACCACCAGCUUUGCAACCCUUGCAUUUGUCAUGCUGCUGCACAACCAACACUGCUCAAGCCCAGAUGCAGCUCCUGCUUUGAAAGCUGUGUAUAAAAAACCCCUCAUUUACACAUCUCCUUGGCCUGAUACUUGCACCACUGCUGCUCUUCACUGAACCACUAACACACAGCAGCAGGAAAAAGGCCUGUCAAGUAAAUGGUGUUAAGAAACAUCACAGGAGAAACAUCAGGCAAUUACCACUCAUUACACAUUUUUCAGCCGCUUGGUUUUGUGAGAUUAGGAUACACACUUGCGAUUUUUCUUGUAUCAAUGGGACUUUUAAAUAAUUAUAUAAAAGUCUUAAGCUUUUAUCACACAACCGGAAACACGAGCUAGAUUAAAGCUACAGCUUAAACAAUGCAAAGGGCUAACUGGCACCAACUCAACAUCUGCACACUGUGGAUCACACUGUGCACCCAACUGUCAGGUGAACAUGUUAAAACCAAAAUUAUCUUGAAGGUAACUCCCCCUUCAAUCUCCAAUUUUAAAGCUCGUCUCUGAAGCUGUACCUGCUCCUGUCACAAGUUAUAUUCCCAAAUAUGUGAGGCUACAGUCUUGUCCUGAAUUCAGAGUUGCACCUACUGGAAUGAAACUCUGCAGAAGCAAAGUUUACAAGAAACCACCGACAGUGAACACACAGUGCUUGGACAAGACACAGAAAUGAAACUAGUCAGAAAAUUUCUGACAUUAGGCAGAAAUUACAAGUGAGCAGGGGUAAGGAUGUAGAGGCAGCCAGCAUUCCAUUAUCACCCAUAAGAGAACCUGGGUUUAACUUUAGAUAAUGGAAAAAUAAUAUAGUAAAACAAACGUUCUUGAACAUUUCUGUGGAAUCCUUUUGUAUUUAAAAAGGUCACUAGAUGGGAAGGUAAUAGAUUCUAUUCCACAACUUGCUCCCAUGGGAACUUUUUGAAGCAGUUGAAGGUAUGUUGCAGUCAUGUUUUCUAGGCCUAGGAGAUCGAAUUCAAAACCAUGAAGUGGUAGAGACUGAAAUGCUUGGGAGCAAUUACUUUUUUUUAGCCAGCAAAAAAGCUAUUGAGAAAAAAAUAAACAAGCACCGAUCUUCAGAAACCCAUUAUAAAGAAGUCUGUAUUUAGAAGUCAACAAGGCCUCAUGUUCUCAAUUUGAGAACAACUGGCUUAUGUCUGCAAACAAACAUGACAACUUUGUUC